UCUUGAUUAUAUACCCAAAUAUGGUUCUCCCCAUCCCUCGCCAAAGUUCAUUCCUUUACACAGUAAACUGGACUCCAACUCUUGACUUCACGCUAGUUCAGACGUUGAUGCGGCUGAAAAAGAAACACGGGUGGGACGACACCAUUUUCCCAUGCUAUUUCUUUGUGGAGGCACAAGGUUUCAUCGAGGAGAAGCUUGGAUAUGCGUUCAAGUGGGAGAAAUUGUAUGAUCGACUACAUUUUCUAGAACUUCGUUACACAACGUUCAAUAUCAUCCUUGAUGUGCAAGGUACUCUAUGGAACUGUGACGAAAACUCGAUGGUGAUAGUCGAUCAUCACUUGGAGCCUCUAAUGAAUAUGAACCCAUUGACAGCUUUUUAUAACCGGCGAGGUGAACCAGCGUACAAUGAGUUGACGAUGAAAGAAGUGAAGGGGCACACCGUGAUCAACAUAUCUGAUUCUCCCUCACCACCCAUGAUGGAGAAACUCAAAGCGUGCAUGUCACCUCUGGUCGGCGUAAGUUAUUUGAUGAAGAUGACAUCCCGUGGUGAUGGAAAUCCAUGGGUUCCAUCCUAAAACCAAUUGGUGAUAGGAGGAGAGGCCCAUGAGACUUAUAUAGUGGAUUAAACUCUUUGUGUACACCGAUGUGGGAUAUUUUUUAUGUUCAUUUUAUGUUUCA